CACUAUAUUAUUGCACUCAAACCCCAACUAAAAAAAAAAGGAAAAUACAAGGACAAGCAUCUCUCCCCCCUUCUCUCCCCCCAAAAAAGUAGAAAUCUUGAAAGGGGGUGGGGGAGUUAGGGGAAGUUUUAGAGCCUAAAACAAAUACCUAAAAGUUAAAGAACUUCUUGGGCCAAAUACCCAUGUAGAAAAAUUGCUUCUUUUUUCCUGUGAAGUUAUCAUCUUUCUUGCAUUUUGUUAGUUUCACAGUGUUGAAGCUGAAAUCUUUUUUUUGUUGGGUGUGAGGAAAAAAGAUGCCUAGGCCAGGACCCAGACCUUAUGAGUGUGUAAGAAGAGCUUGGCAUAGUGAUAGACACCAACCCAUUAGAGGUUCUAUUAUACAACAAAUUUUCAGGGUUGUACAAGAAAGGCAUAGUGUUGUUACUAAGAAAAACAGAGAAUGGCAACAGAAGCUCCCUAUUGUGGUUUUCAAAUCUGAGGAAAUUAUGUACUCCAAAUCUAAUUCUGAGGCUGAAUAUAUGGAUCCUGAAACACUUUGGGAUCGGUUAAAUGAUGCCAUUGAUACUAUAAUUAGGAGAGAUGAGACUGCAGAGACUGGACAAUUCUUGCCUCCUUGUGUUGAAGCUGCUCUUAAUUUGGGGUGUACUGCGGAGAGAGCCUCUAGGAGCCAGCGGAACACUAAUCCGAGGAGUUACCUCAGCCCAAGAAAUCAAGAACCUCAAUGUGUACCUCCUAAAGUUUUCAGUAGAAGUACCAAUGAGCAAAACUCUAACUCAUCGUUACCAUUUCGCCCUGCGAACCAACCGACUUUCUUGAGACCUUCAAAUGUCAAUUCACCCGGAUUAGCUUCAGAUUUUGACAGGCCUGUAAUGCCUAGCAUCAACAAUCUUGGUGCUUCCUCAAGUGAAAAAAACGUUAUUAUAUCCGCUGAUGUUGGUUCAGUAUAUCCGCUGUACUACGGUACUGAUAUUCAGCCUGAAGUUUCUCCUAUGGUCUUCCAAAAGCCUCAACGUAAUGUAAUUGUUGGCAAACCUAUAUACCAAUCCAUCGCGGAGCCUGCUGAAAUCAGCGGCUUCCCGAGACUGUUUCCCUGUGGGAGAGAUGAUAUUCAAGAAAAAUUAUGUCAAGCAGAUUAUAGGGACAACACUAGGAAGGUGCCUGAAUUGGAUUGUGAUUUGUCCUUAAGGUUGGGUCUCUCUGCAAACUCUCGCUUGCAGUUGGAACAGGUUCAAACUGGUUGCUUUGGUGACAUUAGGCCAAGCGACAAUUCUCAUGAAAGAGACCGGUUCAAGCUUAUGUCUACCAGUAAAGGGAAAGAGUUCACUUUCUUUCCCACAGAGUCUGCUAGUGGUCCAUCAGGGUUGCACAGAGCUCGUGAAAAUUUGGAGGUUUACGGUCACAAUGCAGAAAAACUAUUUAGGAAGCCUAAGAUGCCUGUAAGGCUGAGUGACGGUUUUCAGCAAAGAGACGAGUUCGAGGUUGUUUCUACCAGUAAAGACAAAGAGUUUCCUUUCUUUCUUGCGGAGUCUGCCAAUAGUCCGUCGGGGUUGCAAACAGGUCCGGCAAAUUUAGAGGGUGAAGGUCAGAAUGCUGAAACACUACCUAGGAAACGUAAGAUGCCCUUCCAUAACAAUAUGGAACUCGGACAAUUUAUGUGGCAAGAUGAGCUAACUUUGAACCGUUUUUCUGGUCAAAUGAAAAGGCCAGAGAUCUGGACUGCAUUGCCAAACCUUUGCCUGCACUUGGUCUAUGUCCGGGGCCGGGGAACUCUUGACACCAGGAAAUUCAAGCUUCUGGCAGCUUUUCCUUGGAUAUGCAUUGCUGAAAAAAAAGGCCUCUACUGCUAUAUAUGAUAAACGUGGAAACUUUUUUUUCCAUCAGAACUGCCAAAUAAAUCCAAGAAUGUUGGGCUUAGUUUUUCGUGAAGAGCCUUGGUACUGGUUAAAUUUAGCCUCUUGAAGGUAAAAUCUUUCCCUUAUUGUGUUUUACUGAUAAAGCAAAAGGAAAGAAAGGUAAAAUGUUUCCCAAAUUGUUGAUAUGGUUAUUUGCCCUGCAUUUGAGAAAUUCCUGCUGGAUUGUUCUAUUGAAGUGGAAACGUAGGCCCCCGGGGCUUGAGUGUAGUGGUAAGAGCAUAACAUUUGAUGUGUGGGUUAGACACACAUCAUGAGUUCGAACCCUGCCUCAGACAAUAAUCGUGAUGAAGGGUAGAGGGGCAGACCUAUAUCUACCGAGUUUCAAACCAUGUGCCACUUGCCCUUGAGGAUUUCUCGGUCAUGAAAAAUUUAAAAAGAAGCAAAAAAAUUCUUAGGUAGUCUUUGAUUAUGUCUCGUUUGAUCGUGGAAUACCUUUCUUUUACUAUAUCUUUGAGUUGUCAAGACAGAUGUGGAUAAACCGUAGUGUCCGGGCCAGCUUGCACUUUCACGGACUUGUCACCUCAGCAACAGGGUACCAGGUGACUCUAUGCACCAAGGCUCGGAUAGAAGGAAGAAAUCUAGUGUUUUUGCCUCCGCUGGGAUUUGAACCUGAAGCCUUAUGGGUCUUACCCGCUUCAUUGACCACUAGGCGUGUGCCACUUGCUAGCCAUAACUAGAUGCCUUUAAGAUGACUUAUUGGAUCAUAUGCAACUCAUAAUGAUUUACAAGUCUACAUAAAUGUCCUGUCUUUUUCAAGUCAAGAGGUCAACUAGAUUUAGUACAAAAACUUGUGAAUUGUGAUGAUUGCCAAAGAUUUAUUGCUGUCUAUAUUUCCUAAAAUGUCUUUCAGUUUGAACAGAAUUGAAGUUUUUGGUAGCUAUUCUUUGGACAUGAUUUGCUGAGAGAAAAGGCCUCUGCUGCUGUAUAUGAAAAAGAAAAGGGGGUAAGUUUGUACAAUCAGAACUGAGAAAAAAAUCCAAGAAUCUUUGCCUUUUUGGUGCUAUAGAUCUAAUGAUGUAUAGCAAACACCAGCAACUGUAUGCUCCUUUUUAUGGAUUUUUUUUUUCACAUUGCAAUUAAUGUGCCUUAUUUUCACCACUGAAUAGAUGAAUGCCUCUGGUUUA